AAUGCUGCCAGAGUACGUUGUUAAGUUAAACAAGCAAACCUAAGGUUGUGUGUGGUGAUAAAAGGAAACAAACAAAAUGGCACAAGCCGCUGCAUCGACUUGUGAAAUCUGUACUGGCGGACCAGGUGAACACUACUGCCAGCAGUGUGAUCAGUUAUUUUGCGGAAACUGUAAAUUAUCUCAUUUACGCACAAAGUCUUGUAAAAAACACACUUUUGGAAGCGGAAGAGAUAUCAACCAGGAAGAAAAACUUCUUUGUACGGACCACAAGGAAAGUUUCUUAUUCUACUGUCAGGAUUGUGAUACUCCUGUUUGUAGAAUUUGCUCCGUCGAGAAACACAGUCGCCAUUUGAUGACAGACCUUACUAAAUCAACUAAAAAACUUAGAUCUGAACUUGCCAAGGAUAUUGAAUUAAAGGAAAUAUCAUCGAGGCAAAACGUAAACACAAUUGAAAAGUACACAAAAGCUUACCGUGAGGAAGUCAAAGCAGUCAUCAAGACCAUUACUGAAGAGGGCAGUUACUGGAAGAAACUAAUUGAUAACAAAGUCGAAGAUUUUGUUAAACUUGUGCAGGACGAGGAACAAAAAGCAUUACAAAAUAUGUCUGCACUGACCAAAAUUUAUCGUAAAGAUUUUGAAAACUGUCAGCAAUUGCAAAAGAACAUAAAAGAAAUGGAAUCGAUAGCAGAUGUACUUUUGUUAAAAAAGCUUAAGAAACUUAGAAUUGAUGUGGACAACAUAGAAUUACAGCAAGAUCCUGAAAGUUCAUCUGUGUCAUACAGAAACAAAAAGCGUUUAGGUACAGAAAUAGACAGCCUAUUCGGAGAGUUACAGUUUAAAGAAGGUAAAGCGUUAAUGGCAAAAACUGAAAACCAGCUUAAAACCAGGUCCAAAGAUUCACAAAAGAUAUACAAAUACGAAUGUAAACAUUGUGGGAAUGAACAGAUUUCAACGAAUGAACCUAUUACCAGUAAGCACGGGUACAACAUGUAUGUAUUAAACUUAUAA